AUGAAAAGCCUCCAGUUCGGCCCCAGCGAGUUUGUGUGCAAGGCUUGUGGAAAGAAGUUUAGCCUACUACGUCUUCUCAACCGGCACAUCAAGUGUCACAGUCAAAUGCGACGAUACCUCUGCAAAUUUUGCUUCAAGGGGUUCAAUGACACCUUCGACCUGAAGAGGCACACACGAACACAUACAGACCCGGAGCUCAGAUUCUUGGCUCUCUCCAUCUCAGAUGCUGAUCUUUGUUGA